AUGUCUGACUCAGGGCCUUCCUCUACACCGCCAUUGAGGAACCCUAAGCUCAACGCAAUGAGUAAAGCCUUCUCUCAAAUCGACCUGGAUGGUCAUGAUUUACCGCCGUCCCCAGCACCCUCAAGCCCCAGAGGUGGUCGCAAUUAUGCCAUUGCCACUCAGUUGGUCUACUCCGAGGGCAACGAUCAGUACAAUGCCAGCAGCGUACCUAUUUACCAGUCUGCAACCUUCAAACAACAGUCUUCCACGGGCGGUGCCUCCGAAUAUGAUUACACCCGCAGCGGGAACCCGACCCGAACCCACCUUGAGAAACACCUGGCAAAGAUCAUGCGAGCAAAAAGAGCACUGGUUGUCUCCUCUGGCAUGGGUGCUCUCGACGUUAUUACUCGCCAGCUGCGCCCUGGCGACGAGGUGGUAACUGGGGACGACCUCUACGGAGGCACCAAUCGACUCCUAAAAUAUCUCUCCACACAUGGCGGCAUCAUCGUACAUCAUGUCGAUACCACCACACCUGAAAAGGUUCAAGAAGUGGUGUCCUCCAAAACCGCAAUGGUCUUGUUGGAGACCCCGACCAAUCCAUUGAUCAAGAUCGUAGACAUCCCCACAAUCGCCAGUAUGGCCCACAUCGCGAACCCUUCAUGCCUGGUCAGUGUAGACAAUACCAUGCUGUCGCCGCUCCUACAGAACCCUCUCGAGCUCGGUGCUGACAUUGUAUACGAGUCUGGCACCAAAUAUCUCUCCGGCCACCACGACCUCAUGGCCGGUGUUCUCGCCGUCAAUGACGAGUCACUUGGCGACAAACUUUACUUCACAAUCAACGCAUCUGGUUGUGGCCUUGCCCCCUUUGACUGCUGGCUCUUGAUGCGGGGAAUCAAAACCCUCAAAGUCCGCAUGGACGCCCAGCAAGCUAACGCAAUGCUCAUUGCCCGCUUCUUGGAGUCCGCCGGUUUCAAAGUUCGUUAUCCGGGUCUGAAGUCUCACCCUCAGUAUGACCUGCACAACUCUAUGGCUCGUGGCGCCGGAGCAGUGCUCUCAUUCGAGACAGGCGACAUUCAGCUCUCGGAGCGCAUCGUUGAGUCGGCCAAAAUCUGGGCCAUCAGCGUCAGCUUCGGCUGCGUUAACUCACUCAUCAGUAUGCCUUGCCGCAUGAGUCACGCGAGCAUCGAUGCCAAAACCCGCCAGGAGCGCGGCGUGCCCGAGGAUCUGAUCCGACUUUGUGUCGGUAUCGAAGACGGAGAGGAUCUCCUCGACGACCUGAGGAGUGCCUUGGUCCAAGCGGGCGCCAUGGACGUCUCCUUGAAUGGCCUCUACGCCAAGAAUGCAACGAUUGGUGACUCUCACUCUGAGGAAGCCGAACAUCUCGCUGCAACAGCUGCUUCUAUUAAUGAACCUUGA